AUGUUUUCGAAUAAAAUCCAAACCGCUUCAAUAAACAAAAAAUCUAUUACUUCCAAACAGAAACUUACUUCUCAUACUAAUACUAUCGCUACUGCCAUGAUCCAUAAAGUUUCCAAAACGAAAAACUUUCACAAGAAAAAUGAUUCCGGCUUUAGUGAGGAAUUUUUCCAUCCAAUUCUUAUUGACUCGAAAUCUAAUGUUCCUUAUUCAAAUUGCCUUGGAUUGAACGAUACUCUAUAUAGAUCAACUAUCAUUCACUCAAAGAAGAAAGGACAUUUGGUAUAUAGCACCGAUCCUAAAUUGAAUGCGUGGUUCAGGGCUCCUCUUGAAAUCGCUCUCAAAUGGAAAGGAUUCGCUCCUGAAGCACAGUUUCGUACUCUUUGUCGUACCACUUCUAACAAAAAAAGUACAACUGUCAAUGUAAAAAAUGCUAAUCUUGCUAGGGAAGUAAUUAUCAAGAAAUUUGUCAAGUUAGAAUGUGAUACGAUCUAUUUGGAAGCUAGAGCAAGAGUAAUUGCUAGAAGAUGGGCCACUAGAAAAAACGUUAUUUUAAAUGCUGAGAAACGGAUCCAAUCAGUAAGAAAUGAGCGAAAACAAUUGACGACAAGAGAUGAUUCAGAUGCUGGAUUUGAACUUGAAGAAAAAUUGGGCUGGAAAAGAAUCGAAACAUUUCGAAAAUCUCUUUCUCAAACAAAUUUCACGAAUACUAAAGUUAUCAAAGAUAUCGAUUUUUAUCUUGAAGAACUUGAAGGAUGGUCUCGUAUUGAAUCUUUCAAGUUCGAUCUAUCUCAUCACAAAGCAACUCUAGAAUCACAAAAAUUAAAUUACCGUCAACAAAUCGUCGUA